GGGGUCUUGUUUUCACAUUUUCUUUAUAAUUUUCCCUCUUUUUCGGUGGUGAUGGAGGAUAUAUACGAGCCAUUGAAGGAGCUUGGAUCAGGGAAUUUCGGAGUGGCAAGGCUGGUAAAAGAUAAGAAAACAAAGGAGCUUGUCGCGGUCAAAUAUAUUGAAAGAGGAAAGAAGAUUGAUGAAAAUGUUCAGAGGGAAAUCAUUAACCACCGAUCUUUAAGACAUCCAAACAUAAUCAGGUUUAAAGAGGUUUUGGUGACUCCAACACAUUUAGCUAUUGUUAUGGAGUAUGCUGCCGGAGGUGAACUCUUCGAGAGAAUAUGCAGCGCUGGUCGAUUUAGCGAAGAUGAAGCAAGGUUUUUCUUCCAGCAGUUAAUAUCUGGAGUCAGCUACUGUCAUUCAAUGGUAAGUUAUGAAAAUAUAAGUAACCUUUUGAGAUUCUGUUUGAUGGUGACUUCCAUCCCUCAUUCUAUAGUUCUGCUGCAGCAAAUUUGUCACAGGGAUCUGAAACUAGAAAACACACUCCUCGAUGGAAGUCCGACACCGCGACUUAAAAUAUGUGACUUCGGAUACUCCAAGUCUGCGGUGCUGCAUUCACAACCAAAAUCAACUGUUGGAACACCAGCGUAUAUUGCCCCGGAAGUCCUAUCACGAAAGGAAUACGAUGGAAAGAUUGCAGAUGUUUGGUCCUGUGGUGUGACAUUAUACGUGAUGUUGGUUGGAUCAUACCCUUUUGAGGAUCCCGGUGAUCCUCGGAAUUUCCGUAAGACCAUCGGAAGAAUAAUGAGUGUUAAAUACACUAUACCUGACUAUGUACGGGUGUCUGCGGAUUGCCGACAUCUUCUUUCCCGUAUCUUCGUUGCCAAUCAUGCCGAGAGGAUUAGCAUCCCGGAGAUUAAGCAGCAUCCUUGGUUUCUGAAAAAUUUACCGAAAGAACUGGUUGAAAUCGAAAAAACAAACUUUGCGGAAUCAGAACGUGACCAACUGUCUCAAAGCGUAGAAGAAAUAAUGUGUAUCAUACAAGAGGCAAAGACGACAACAGCGGAAGGAGCCAAAGUUGGUGAACAAGCUGUUGCUGGUUCCUCCGACCCCGAUGACGCUGAAGGGGAUUUAGAAUCUGAAAUCGAUGUCAGUGGUGACUUUGAUGCCACUGUGUGAGAACAUGAUGUCAGUGGCAGACUGAACGGAUGGGUGUUGUAUUGCCUUUGUGUGUGUACAAUAUGGUUAAUGGAUGUCUCUUAUUGUAGAUUGCAUACUUUGUGAAACAUUGUAUUGUUUUGCAUUGCUUUGGAUGCUAACAAUAUUACAAACAGACUUUGCAAUCAAUCCAGUCGACCAACAUCGUCGUAAGUUGCUUAACAGCCUUUUUCCAUAUGCUAUAAAACAAUGGAUUAUCAC